AAAUUGUCAUUAUAUUUGUGGUUUACAUUAUUUACAUUAAUAUUACCUCUAUUUAAUUGUGCAAAUGAAGCGAAAGCCGGUGAAAGUGGAUGUUUCAGUGUUUGUGCUUAACAUUCGGUCCAUCAAAGAGACAGAACUUACAUAUGUCGCGGACAUAUUCUAUCACCAGUACUGGACUGACUACAGACUACAAGCGCUUCACACAAACGAUUCCCAAAACAUAGUUUUAGAUAAUUCAUGGAAGAAGAAGCUCUGGAUUCCGGACUCGUAUUUCAAGAAUGCAUUGGACGGACGCGUGCCUGACAUCAUAUUCCCCACACAGUAUUUCGUUAUCACUAAUACAACCACAGUUUUUAUGGCCUCCAGGACUCAAUACAAUGUAACUGACUUUUCGUCAGAAGGAUUAAUAAAGAAAUACGCCAUUGGCAACUUCUCGAUGCUUAGGGGCCGUAUUGUACUGACCCGUCAAUUGGGACUUUAUAUACUCAAGAAUUAUAUCCCAAGCGCUCUGAUUGUGAUCAUGUCAUUUGUUGGCUUCUGGAUUCCCAUAUCGGCCUAUCCGGCCAGAGUUGCACUCGUCAUAACAGCUCUGUUGGCUCUCAUAACACAACAGUAUCAGAGCUCUCAAGUGAACGUAUCGUAUAUAAUAGCGAUUAACGUUUGGAUGAUUACAUGCAUUGCGUUUGUAUUCCUGGCGCUCAUUGAAUACGCGUUUGCGAUCACAUAUCACGACAACAUUACGGCUAAAGCCAAUAAAAUUAAGGCAGAAAAUCAUAAUCAUAAUACGACGGAAGCGAAGGAGAAUUCAACAGUGAAUCCAAACUGGUUUAAAGUCUAUGCAAUCACUGGCUUUAACGCCAGAGCCAACAGAAUAGACAUGAUUUCUCGAUACCUCUUUCCUUCGGGUUUUCGACCAGUGAUCUCAAAAGACUUGUGCAAAGUCGGAGUAAUUGAGUAUAUAUUUAACUAUAAUAACGACAUCCAGAUUACUAAUGACGAGUAUAUGUGGUCUUAUAACCAACUAAUUGCCGGACAGACUAACACACCGUUGAAUCAAACGGACAUCUUUGGACAUCAAGUGGUGAGUUCGGUGUUCAUCAGCGAAGUGCCCGAA